AUGGCGCAGCGGAAGUUACAGCAGGAAGUAGACCGUUGUUUUAAACGGGUAGCGGAAGGAAUAACGGCAUUUGAGGGUACCUACGACAAGUUACAGCAAACAUCAAAUCCGUCACAGAAGGAAAAGCUAGAAGAUGUUCUCAAGCGCGAGAUCAAGAAGCUGCAGCGGCAUAGGGAUCAGAUCAAGUCCUGGGCCGCUAGUAAUGAGAUCAAGGACAAGAAACCUCUGCUGGAACAGCGGAAACUGAUAGAGACGCAAAUGGAGAAGUUUAAGGCUGUUGAGAAGGAAAUGAAGACAAAAGCGUACAGCAAAGAAGGAUUAUCGGCGGCAGCAAAACUAGAUCCGAAAGAAAAAGAAAAGGUGGAGAUAUGUGGAUUUCUAUCGACCAUGGUAGAGGAACUGGAACGUCAGAUCGAGACUUUCGAGACCGAAAUGGAGUCAAUAACCAUGACUCUUAAAAAGGGCCGUAAGGACAGCGCAAAGGCCGAAAGACUCUCUAGCGUUGAAAAUUCGGUAGAACGACAUAAGUGGCACCAAUCCAAGCUAGAGCUGAUAUUACGACUGGUGGAGAACGGUGGACUAGAACCCGAUAAAGUUUCAGACAUCAAGGACGACAUCAAGUACUAUGUCGAAUGCAAUGGUGACCAGGACUUUACUGAAGACGAAUCCAUGUUUGACGGCCUAAAUCUGGACGAAGAAGAAGACCUGUAUAAUGUCGGUCUCGACAACGACAGAUUAUCGUCGCAGGAUAACCAGUCGAUAUACGACGAACCUCCCGAAAAGAAGACUGAAACGCAUUCUGCAUCGUCUUCUACUACACGCCGGCCGUCCUCGCAGUUGAAAUCUCCCUUACCGACACUGGCUACAAUCCAUAGCGCUGGCAUGAACGGGACCACGAUGAAACCUGCCCCUCCACCAACACGCCCCGCUGGUGAACCCCUCAAGUAUGCAUCUGCAGCAGCCGCGGCAGCAGCAGCAGACAAGAUCGUCGGAAUUGCACCGUUACCUCCUCCGCCGAGUCAUAUGAACAAUGCAGCAUCAUCGACACCUCCUGUGACAUCGGCUGUACCGGUAUCACUCGCUUCGACGAAAGCUAAGCCGUCACCUAAGCCGUCGAAAGCCAUAGUGGUAGAACCGAUACCGGAGCAUACAACGUCACCGCCGGAAUCUGUACCUGCAUCUGUACCACCGACACCUCAGCUUGAAAAGGUUAAUGCUGCAGCUCAGAGCUCAGCCGCCCAGACCCCAUCGAGUACGCAUGCAGCCCCAGUAUCAGUAUCAAGCAUGCAGAGAGAAACUUCUUCGCAAUCAUCAACGCACCAUUCAACCGCCCAGCAAGAAGAAGCCACCCCAUCUGACAAGGAUAGCAAGGCACCGGCACCAGAACCGGUAGAAGACGAUAAUCCGAACUCUUUAUUCUCAACCUCAUAUGAAACACGCCCAUCCAAGCCGUCGCAGAAGAUGCCUUCAAGGACUAGCUCCCCACGAAUGACGAAUGGUGCCGUAGUGGAUCCGAAGUUCAAGCUACCGCCUGGAUUGCAAGAUCUGAUAGCAUCAUUCGAAGCAGUAAAAGCGAGGAAACACGAUCCUACAAGUCCUCAUUCCCUCAGGCUAUUAGCUGCGUCGGCUGCAACCCUCCCCGUUGCGCAGGAUGCGGAACGACCCAAGCGAUAUAAACCCCAGACUCCAUAUAAGACACCCGCACACUACCCUCAGGAGCCUCUCGGCCUAUUGGAGGAGCCGAGUUUCUUCGGAAAGGUGGACACGGACACACUUUUUUAUAUCUUCUACUACCGACAGGGAACAUACCAGCAAUACCUCGCGGCACAGCGCUUGAAACAGCUUAGUUGGCGGUUUCACAAGCAGUACCAAACCUGGUUCCAAAGACACGAGGAACCCAAGGUGAUCAACGAGGAGUUUGAACAAGGGACCUACCGCUUUUUCGACUACGAGAGCACGUGGAUGAAUAGGCGUAAGACUGAGUUCAAAUUUGCCUACAAGUUUCUGGAGGACGACCUGUCGACUUGA